UUGUGCAGGGGGGAGGUACAGCACAUCUUCGAGGAUGUCGAUCGGGACGGCAACGGCAUGAUCACGAUGGACGAGCUCGACUUCCUCGUCCCCUACUUCAGCGACUCUCAUGAAUGGACCCCGACCUACAAGAAAACUCUCUUCAAUGACAUCGACAAAUCACAGAACGGAAGCAUCGAUAGCGAAGAGACUCGCCCGAUGCUGCAGGAGAAGUUGGGGAAAGACGAGGAGCUGCAUCAUGCGGACAAGAAUGGAGACGGCGAGAUCGACUGGAAGGAAUUCACCGAGUUCCUCUCCUCCAAGUUCAGGACGUGCCAUGGCAAAUGA